AUGGAUUGUUGGUCAACUGAUCAUUGUGCAAUGACUAUUAGAGCACACUGGAAUCCUCUCGAUGUUAAAAGAUCUAACCUUUUUUUGAGCAAAGUAUCUUCUUCCUCAGUUUCUUCACUUAGUUUCACUUCCUCUAAUGAUGAUGCUGACAAGGCAAAGCUCGCUCAGGUUGCGAAGAGGUUGGAGACGACGGCGAGGCACUUUAAGCGACUGGGGAAUUUAGGGUUUUGGGGACAACUAGUUUUCACGGUGGUGUCAGCUGUGAUACUUUCGUUUUCAUUUUAAGUUGUGGUCACUGGGAAGAUUGCAUCACCUGCUACUCUUUACGCCACUGCCGGUGGAGUUAUAGCCUCAUUCAUAUCGGUUUUUUGGUCAUUUGGCUAUAUUCAACUUUCUGAGGAACUCGAGAGGACUGCUAAUGAACCUUCAAAGGUAUUGUGAGAAACUUGUGACAACAGUUUAAAGCGCCUGAUUUAUUUAUUCAUAAUGAUCCUCCAAAGUGCAAUUCUCUCAUAUGACAGACAAAAAUUAUGUUAUCUAUAGAUACUUUAAGUUAAUUAUCUUAACAUCUCA